UAAUUCUCCUGUGGUGUAGUUAACAUGUUAUACAUUGCAGAAAUUUCAUCCAUGUGGUAGAAAAACAUAUAACAUUGAUCAUCCACCAUACUGUAAGACAACAUGGCUGAGGCACACAAUGCUGUGGCGUUUCAGUUUGCAGUCAGUGAUGAAGGAGUAGUUGUUAACUUGGAUAAAGAGAUUCUCAAGUUGAUGCUCAGUUCUGCUUAUAAAUCAAUCAAAAGAAGAUGCAUGUCUGCAAAAAAUACUUUCUUAAAAGGUGUUUACCCUGCCUCUCCAGCAACAUGGAUGUUUUUCCUUGCUGCAUUGCUGUCUGCUCGUUAUUCUGAACAUGAAGCCACCAUGGAUAUUCUACACAGAAUGGAGAAGGACUUUCCUGCAAAACAUCGUUUUGAAAGAUCCACAGUGGUUGCAAUUUGUAUAUUUGUUAUUGUAACAAUUAUAUGGUUAUUUUCGGCUUAUUUUUGCCAGUUCUUGUUGCGUAAACUACUUAAAAACUGGGAAGUGAUGUAUAAUAGUAGAGGGAAACUUACAUUAUCUAAUAAACUAUGGCUGGCUGCUGUGAAGUUACUUAGCGGAUUUGAUCCUGGUUUGUUCAGUUUUCAAAAAUGCAUCCCAUCGUUACCUGUUCCUCCCUUAGAAGACACACUCAACAGACACUUGGACUCAGUUCGACCAUUUAUGAGUUCAGCUGAUUAUGAAAAUGUUGUAAAAUUGACUGAAGAAUUUAAGAAUGGAGUAGGUCCAAAGUUGCACAGAUAUCUAAAGCUAAAGUCAUUCUGGGCACCCAAUUAUGUCAGUGAUUGGUGGGAAAGAUUUGUUUAUUUACGAUCCCGUGCACCUCUAAUGAUCAACAGCAACUAUUAUGGUGUGGGAACACUUCAUGAAGCACCAUCUACUGUACAGUCAGCAAGAGCAGCAAAUUACAUUUACGCUUUCUUCAGAUAUCGAAAACAAAUUAAUAAACAUAUAAUGAAACCUUUACGUUUACUGAUGAUAUAUCCACUUUGCUCUUCCCAAUACACUCGUCAAUUUGAUACAACACGAAUACCUGGAAAGGAAGAAGAUGAAAUUGUAACUUUCCCUGAGAGCACAUAUGUUGUUGUUUACCACAAAGGACGUUUUUUCAAAUUAUCAGUUGUUUUUAGUGGUGAUUUGUUGAAACCUGCUGACAUACAGGCAAAAAUAAAAAAGAUUUUAGAAAAUGAAGAUAAACCACAUUCUGGAGAAGAAAUUCUUCCUGUGCUUACAGCUACAGACAGACCUGUGUGGGCUGAAGCAAGAAAUAAAUAUUUCUCUGAUGGAGUUAAUAAAGAAUCGCUUGAUUUGGUCGAAAAGGCUGCAUUUUUUGUGGUUUUGGAAGACGAUUCUGAUUUUGUUUCAUAUGAGAAAAGCACUCAGGAAGAAUUGAAUAAGACUUGUAAACGCAUGUUACAUGGAAAGGGUUACGACAGAUGGUUUGAUAAGAGCUUCACGUUUGUGGUUUGCAAAAAUGGUCAGAUUGGUUUCAAUGCAGAGCAUACUUGGGCUGAUGCACCGAUAAUGGCACAAGUUUGGGAAUGGGUCAUGGUUGAAGAUGUGUCCAAGUUAGGAUACGAUGAAGAUGGGAAUUGUGUUGGGAGACCUCGAUUUACCUGGAAUUGUCCUAAAAGAUUGACAUGGAACAUUCCACAAGAAUGUAUUUCUGUGAUGGAUACUGCACUGGUUAAAGCUGAACAACAAAUUGAAGAUGUGGAAUUGUACACCAUGAUCCACACAGCUUUUGGCAAAGGCGACAUCAAGAAAAUGAGAGUCAGUCCUGAUGCUUUCAUUCAAGUGGCUUUCCAGUUAGCUUAUAUCAAGAGCACGGGUAAAGUUUGCUUGACGUAUGAAUCCGCCAUGACAAGAUUAUUCAGGGAGGGUCGAACUGAAACUGUCCGAUCCUGUUCUAUGGACUCCACAAACUUUGUCAAAGCAGCUAUUGACCCUGAUGUUCCGGUUGAGAAGAAGAAAGAAUUGAUGAUGAAAGCAUGUGAAAACCACAUCAAUUUAUGUCGCAAAGCAAUGACUGGACAAGGGGUUGAUCGUCAUCUCUUUUCAUUAUAUGUUGUUUCUCAAUACCUUCGACUUGAUGUGCCAUUUUUAAAAACUGUAUUAGGCGAAAAGUGGGUUUUAUCGACUAGCCAGACUGCUGUUAACCAAACCAUGCGAAUAAACCUGGAUAAAUAUCCCGAGCGCGCAUGCGCAGGAGGCGGUUUCGGACCGGUGGCCGAGAAUGGAUAUGGCAUCUCGUAUAUCAUAUGUGGCGAAAAUCUCAUUUCAUUUCAUGUGUCAUGUAAAAAGAGUUGCCCAGAGACCAACGCAGAAAGAUUUGCUGGCUUGAUUAAAGAAAGCAUGGCCGAGAUGCGUUCCUAUAUUUUGGGCGAUGACCUACAGAAGUAAUGUUGCAAAGGACGGCAGCCGAAGUAGUUUUUAUUUUAGUCGAUUCUAGUUUAUUUAUAACUCGUUUUAUCUAUUUUACUUAGUGGUAUUUGAAGUUUAUACUCUGGUUACCGUAACUUUCGCAAUGAAAUCUUUACUUUUCAAGUAAGAAAACUUUUUUAAAUCCUAAAAAGAAUGAGAGUUUUACACGUCAAACCUGUGUUCUUUAAAAUCAAAUCAAUACUGGAACUAAGUAUACAAAACUUGCUAACUUCUUUCUGUGAAACCUUCACUUUUUAUGUUGUGUAUACCAUAUACCCUUUUACUUUUUAUUGUAAAUUUGUUGGUACGAAAAUUUUAAAUACAAAAAUUUCGCCAUUUUGUCUCGUUGAUGUAACGAUGUACACUGGAAAACCCUGUGAGAAUCUAAAGGAAAUUUAAGAACUUCGAAUUAUCCUGAAAUACAAAAAAAUUAUGGCCAGAUGAAGAUGGAAUUUUAAAUUUCUUUAGAAUAGCACUA